GGGUGACAGUUAUUAAUGGUUUUAAUAUCAAUACAUGUAGGAAUAAAAUGGAUAGUAUCUUACCAAGCAUUAUUGUGAAAAUGGCGAGCAUUAAAAUCAGAUUUUGCAUUUCAGGAAUAAUUUGAUUUCAUUGGAAUAUGGACGUGUUGAAAACUGCUGUGCUCUUUCAAUUAAUUUUCAUUUCGAAUUUGGUUCGAAGUAACAGUGAUUUCCGAAAACUGCAUAUUACAAUACAUAAUGGAGGCGAUUACAGCGGUUCAGACUAUUAUGGCCACGAUAUAACCAUAGUUUCAUCUGACACAUCAGGAAGUAGGUCAUCAUCGAGUGACAACACGCGCACUUCAAGCAGUACCUCAUCAUCAAGCAGUAAAAAAUCACAAUCAACCCACACGUCCUCUAGUGCUACAAGUGAUUCCAGCGCAAAUCAUGAUUCCUCUUCUGGCUCCUCCUCAAGUACUUUUUCGCAAUCAACUGAGACGAGUGGUUCACAAAGUUCAGACAAUUCCAUGUCAAGCUCAACUUUUGCACAAACAAAACCGAAAGAAAAACAGUUUGUUAAGUUGAAUCCGCCUCAGCUUAGCUCCCAUGCAUAUGAGACGAGCAGUUUUUCGGGUACAGAUACAGACACGACCAAGAGCUGUUCAGUAGAUUCUCCUGCUUCUCCAUCAUCAACAGGUGAAAUAGGUGACGACUGUUUCCAUUCCCCGUACUGCAAGGACCCACAUGCCGAAUGUAGUUGGAACAGCCAGUAUAACACAAAGGUGUGUACGUGCAUAAAUGGAUGGGACUUUAUACACGUUGAUGGAACAGGAUGGAUAUGCACGCAAGACCGAUGCGAGGAUACUGGCUGUCCUUCGCCAAAGGUCUGUAGAGAUGGCAAAUGUGUGGACGACGACUGCGAGAACACUGGAUGUCCUUCUUCCAUGGUCUGUAGAAAUGGCAAAUGUGAGGACGAGUGUCCACCAAGAACCGUAAAUGUAAACGGAGAGUGUCGUUCUGACCAGUGGGGCGAAGCAUGUAUUAGUGUGCCCGAUACUUGUGUAGAAGCUGACAUCGAGUGUGUGGAUGGUUACUGUUAUUGUCAAGACAGAAGGUUGCAGUAUAGCCAUGCCGGGCACAUGUGUGUUGGAAAACACUACGGCGACUCUUGUUAUCGCUAUGACGACACGUGUGAUAUAAACAGACACUUGAGGUGUAUACAUGGAGAGUGCAAAUGCCCUCCUGGGACCACGCCUGCUGGCGAUCCUGUUGUAUGUUGUGAUCACUGUUCUGAUGGGCAAGAGUGUUGUCUAAAUGGUGUAGGCUGUCCUCUUGGAAAGUGCCACUGCAAGCAUGGCGCCAUCAUAUAUGGAUACACUGAAGUAUGCUGUGACGACUGCAGUACAGUUUCAAACUCCCACUGUUGUACGGAGCUAGAAUACAAUAACGGGGAAUGCUUUGCGGGUGAAUGCCAAUGUGAUUUCGAGGAAGCUUCAAGAUAUCCUCUAGUCUGCUGUCCAGACUGUGAUUCUAUCCCUGACGCCACAUGUUGUGGCCUUAACGACAUUGCUUGUGAACUAGGACAGUGUGAAUGUUAUUUUGAAACUGCUCGGCUGGACCCGCUUCUUUGCUGUCCUGACUGUUCGCCAGAGUAUUUCUGCAGUGAAAAUGGACAAUGUGAACCACGGGGGACGUACUCUACUCAAUGUGCUGGACCCGGCUCCAACUAUCCAGAGCAUUCCUGCAUCACAGAAAUAGGCAUUGCUUGCGUGCGCUUAAUCGAAUGCGGGGAACCAGGCCUACCGUCAUGUGACAUGCGGUUCUGCAUUUGUGAUUGGACAGCGGAAUGGCGCAUUCAACUCGAGGACGGAGUGUGUUGCAAUGACAACCUUGAAGAUUACUCGUGUUCUAAUAACUUGUCAAUAUUUGAUGGAUCGGGCGACGCGGGAGAUUUUUAAGACAUCUCAGGCGAUAUUGCAGAUGUUAAGAUAAAUACUUGCAUCAUGUCAUGCUCGGAAACCACGGUACCAAUGUGUGUAUACCAUGUGAUAAAUUGCGUCAUAAAUGCUACGCAGGAAGGCAAUAUUUUGCUUCGAAAGAAGACUUUAAACAAAGACAACUUCACUAUUUUUUCACCAUUUUAAAUGAAAUAUAGCGCAGUCGACGCCGCUUACAGAGCCCCGCCUUCGGUCUUUUACCUGAGUUUGACCGAGAGUGUAGUUUCUUUAAACACUUGAACAAACCUUUUCACAAUACGGCCAUCUGACGGAGCAAUGUCAACUUUACUUACUUUGAAAACAGGUUUGUCGAAGUGUUUGAUGAAAUUAAUCUCAUUAUCAAACUCCUGUAAUAAAACAAAGGCGUGGUUCUUAAAGUGGCUAGACUGCCCUUUGUUUCAUUUAAAAUGGUGAAGUAGAAAAAAAGUUAUCUUUGAUUUAUGUCUUCAUUUUAAGCAAAAUGUUGCCCUCUGGCGUAGCAUAUUUGACGUAAAUUAUCACGUGACAUACACACACUGGGUACUUUUUCUGUUACACUUUAUACACAGCGAAGCAUUGCGUAGUGUGUCGGGGGUAUCCGACGAUGGCAUCGUGUUUUAGAAAACAUUUUUGGAAAGGUUCUAUAACUGAUGUUCACAAUAUUAAUAGAAUUAUAAUUGAGACUGAUAUUUAAAUAUGUUUUCACUCGUUAUUUGGUCAUUGUUAUUUAUCACUCGUUAUCUUAUUAAUUGUAUUUUACCAGAAUGGAAAAUAAAAUAAUGUCGGA